ACCGUGGCCGGACACCUCGGAGCCGAAGUCAACACAGAGGAAGGCGUGCAGCAAUGGUUGACCACACCUCUCUCCACACAAGGUGAGGUCUUCAAGCUCAUCCACACCUACCACGUCAAGGUGGUGCGUCCGGAGGUGUACGGAAUGGUGGCACAGCUCGAAACAGCGCUCUCGAACCUCAACGACAAGCUGUUUUCCUGCAGGCAAGAGCUGAGCUUCAUGAUAGCGGACAACAGGUCAGCGCAGCGACACGCCUCUGGAAUGAUGCUGGUGACUACGGGGGAAAGGGUCUACCAACUGGGCUGGAUGAUCUCGCAGGUAGAUCCCAUGACGGUUCCUCAGGGAGACCACUGGAGUGGCAUGACGCUACUCACUUUUAAAAGCUGGGAUCUACGCAAUGGUUUCCUCAGAAAGUUUGGGGGAACCAGCGGCACGCCUUUUUGGUUGAAGGAUGGCAGCCCACAAACUGGGAAGCACAUCCGCGUAAGCCCCUGCACGCCACAAUGGCGGAGAAAACUCGAAAGCCCAAUUCGAGUUGCGCUUGCCUGUUUGAACAAGCACAAGGACACGCAGGGCAAGCAGGUGGUCAUUCUUUGGAAGUCCUUGACGGUGAUGUCCCCGAAAGAACACAGGGACUUCCAGCCAGACCACACCGCCUUUUGCCGGUUGUUUUAUGAAGAGUAUGAGGGAGAGUUUCGAGGAAG